AUGUCCCUCAAUCAAGGACAAUUGCAACAACUGCAACAAGUUGUGCCUUUGUUGAAAAGAUUGCUACAAAUUGUCGACUCAGAAGCUGCCGUUGGUAAUUAUCGUUCACUAUCGUUAGGACAAGGAUAUUAUCCAUCACCGGAUUGGGAUGACAGAAGGACAAUCUUUUUUAAUAACGGUCAAAAUGGUGCCAAUGCUGACUACAACUCUGGAUAUGGCAAUAAAUUUGGCAAUUUUUUUGGUAACAAAUUUUCAAAACAGACCACCACCACCCCAACUCCAACAACCGCAGCAACAACCACUAAGGCUCCAGCUGCAGAGGAUUUGAAAAAGGAAUUAACGGAUCUAGUAGCUGCAAUAGCUGGACUGACUAAUGGAGGUGGAGGUACUACUGGAGGUGGUGCGAAUGUUGGCGCUGGAGGUACAACUGGUGGUACUGGAGGUACAACUGGUGGUACUGGAGGUACAACUGGUGGUAUUAAUAUUGGCGCUGGAGGUACAACUGGUGGUAUUGGAGGUACAACUGGUGGUACUGGUGGUACAACUGGUGGUACUGGAGGUACAACUGGUGGUCUUAAUAUUGGCUCUGGAGGUUCAACUGGUGGUCUUAAUAUUGGCGUUAGAAGUGCAACUGGUGUUGCCCAAAGAUAUUUCAACUAUCCUGUUUAUAAUUUGUCGCCACAAUAUUAUCCCUAUUCUUUCUAA